UACCAUCGCUACGAUUCAUGUCUCGGGGCAGCAGUCGCCUGGCUUCCAGCUGAGGUAGCGAGCGGGAGGUUGUCACCACCUCGGGUUCUCUCUCCUCUCUCUCUCCUCUCGCCUCCCUCUCUGCCCGCCGUCAUGGCGAGCGCGCUGGUCAGGGUCCCCCACGCCUCGCUGGGCCGGUGGUGCCGUGCGGGAGGCGCGGCACUGCCCGCGCGGAGACGGAGCGGAGCCGCCUCGGAUCCCGGCUACGAGUUCCUGCAUCGCAGCGUAGUGCCCACCCUGCACUUCCAGCCCAGCCUGCCCCGGUUACCCAUCCCAAAGCUGGAGGACACCGUCAGGAGGUACCUGGCUGCACAGCGCCCCCUGCUGAACGAUGAGGAGUACAGUCAGACAGAGCGCAUCGCCCGCAAGUUUGAAGCCGGAGAUGGCCAGGAGCUACACAAGGAGCUGCUGGCGCUGGACAAGCAGAACAAGAAGAGCAGCUACAUCUCGGGCCCUUGGUUUGACAUGUACCUGGCGGCGCGCGAGCCCGUGCUGCUCAACUACAACCCGUUUGUGGGGCUGACGGCCGACAGCCGGCCGGGCUACGGCGGGCAGCUGACGCGCGCCACCAACCUGACCGUGUCGGGGCUGCGCUUCAUGCGCACCCUGCGGGCCGGCGUCCUCGAGCCGGAGGUCUUCCACCUGAACCCGGCGCGCAGCGACACCGACUCCUUCCGCCGCUGGGUGCGCUGGCUGCCUUCCUCCCUGUCCUGGUACGGCGCGUACGCGGUCAACGCCUACCCGCUUGACAUGUCGCAGUACGGCCGCCUCUUCAACUCCACGCGGCUGCCCCGCGCCGACCGGGACGAGCUCUUCACGGAGCCCACCGCACGCCACCUGCUGGUCAUGCGGCGCCAGCAGCUGUUCGCGUGCGACGUCCUGGAUCGCGACGGAUCCAUCCUCCCCGCGGCUCGGAUACAGGAGCGCUUGCGCCGCGUGAUGGCGGAGGCUGACGCGGCGGGAGAGCCGUCGCACCCGCUCGCCUACCUGACCGGGGAGAACCGCGACACCUGGGCCGGCUUGCGCCAGCACCUGCUGGAGCUGGGCAACCAGGAGGCGCUGGCGCUGGUCGACUCGGCCAUCUUCUGCCUGUGCCUGGACGAGGACGGUGCCGAGGGCGCCUCGCAGCAGCAGCAGCAGGGUGAGGAGCGAUUGACUGCGCUCGGCGGACGCGACGCGCCGGCUCCCGUGCGUCUGUCGCACCUCAUGCUGCACGGCGUGGGCGGCGACCGCUGGUUCGACAAAUCCCUGAGCCUCAUCGUGGCGGCCGACGGGGAGGCGGCCGUGCACUUCGAGCACUCGUGGGGCGACGGCGUGGCGGUGCUGCGCUUCAUCAACGAGAUUUACAAGGACUCGCUGAAGAGGCCGGCCGUGUCUCCCGAUGACGCGCCGCCCUCCUCCGACGUGGAACAGUCGUCCGUGCGACGCCUCGAUUUCCGUCUGGACGACGCGAUGAAGGCGGCCGUGGACGCCGCUCGCCGGCAGUUCCACCGGACGGUGUCCGGCCUCGUCAUUCACGCCAUGGAGUUCGACAAGUACGGGAAGAACUUCCUCAAGAAGCAGAACGUGUCCCCGGAUGCCGUGAUGCAGCUCGCCUUCCAGAUGGCGUUCUUCCGCGAGCACGGCCACGAGGUGGCCACCUACGAGUCGUGCAGCACCGCCGCUUUCCGCCACGGGCGCACCGAGACCGUGCGGCCGGCGACGAGCGCCACGCGGCGCUGCACGCGCGCCUUCGUCCUGGGCCGCGACGAGGCUGGGGCAGGCGCGUCGCCGCCCGGCGUGGCCGAGCUGCGGGCCAUGUUGGAGGAGUGCUCGCGCUACCACGGGAAGCUCACGCGCGAAGCCGCCAUGGGCCAGGGCUUCGACCGCCACCUGUUUGCGCUGCGCAAGCUGGCGUCGGAGCGCGGCGGCUCGCUGCCGGAGCUGUACCGCGACGAGGCGUACGCCCGCAUCAACCACAACGUGCUGUCCACCAGCACGCUCGCCAGCGACGCCGUGCGGCUCGGGGGCUUCGCGCCCGUGGUGCCCGACGGCUUCGGCCUGGGCUACGGCAUCCACGCGCACGCCAUGGGCUGCAACGCGAGCGGCUACGCGGGGGGCGGCCGCGACGUCGCCCACUUCCUCAAGACCCUGCGCGUGAGCCUGGAGCAGAUCGGCGCCGUGCUGGAGGGCCGGCCGAUCGCGUGAGGGUCGCCACCCCCCCACCCCCCUCCCCCUGUGUGGGCGCGUUUUCUGAAGACGUAUGGCUCGGCAGGGUGGCGGUGGGAAGCUGCCAGGAUGAGUUGUCGGAACUAGACGAGUCGCUACUGCGCAGGUUUUCGCGGUUGUGCUGUAUGUGGCCCCCUUCCGUCCCCCCUCCCCUCCUCCCGCCACCAAUGUGAUUUCGGGUUGUACCACGCGGUCUUCGUUGGGCACAAUGUCCGACGUUUCGCGACACGUGCUGAGAACUUCUUCAGCAACUGAUUUUAGAAGCUUCCUUGCACGUGGAACGGAACAACGGUCAGUGCGCCGAGCAACACGCUGUGACAAUGUGAAAGCGUGUCGUCAAAAUGGCAGGAUACAAAUAUAAAGGAGACGGUAAACACGGGACGAAAACAAAAUGAAUUAUCGAGUCGUGACUGCGAAUCGUGACGGGCAAUUGAACGGCUGAGGUCAGGGGAGGGGAAUGGGGAGUUCACCGUUGCGUGACUGGGGCCUCGGUCAUUCCCUGAGGCACAGCCGUGGGAGAAUAUCUCCCACUCAUCCCACGCACGCCUCCCCACUCACGCUCACUCCCGUCCGUCCCUCGUUUCCCAGCCACGCAAACCUCGUCUCCCGCAAUUUGUCCCACUCCCUGCCAUCCAUCCCUUGCCCUCGCGCUGAAAGAAUACAAUUUUAUUUUUCGAUCAUAUAAAUUCCACCACUUAAUAUUACGGAUGGCUGGAGGAUUGGAGGAUAGAGACUGUGAUUGGGUGAUGGGGGAGCAGAGAGAAUAAACGACCUCUAUCUCUCAUCUCCCACACAUCUCUUUUUCCUUGCACUCCUCACACUGGCCAUCAUCUCCCAUCCAACCCAUUACUACCUCCCCACUAACUCCGUCCGCACUGGGCCCUAGCUGCCAAUUUCAAUGUCAUUAAUUGUCGAUUUUAUGAAUAGUUUUUUUGACUAAAUUAGUUUUUUUUUUUAAUCCGCACAACUAACUAGUGUUGUUAAUUCAGAGUUUACUGUAUUGCAAGUGCAUUAUUUUAGAUGGAAAAUGAAUAGCUUUGUAUGUCCAUAUGACAUCCAACAUCUCGGUAAUCGAAAAUGAGCAAUGGGGGGGGGGGGUGUGUAGAGAGUUCUCUAAAGCGGCCGUCAAAAACGGCAAAAUGUGACUUCCGUUUGUUCUUGAAACACGUGGCGCCUCCAAAGAAACGCAAACGUGACGAUGUCGCGGCUGCACUGACCACCGCGCCCUCAGAGUUGGCGUAAAGGCGCAGAACUUGGGUCCUGUGUCUGUGUAGGCACGUAAGCUGCACUGCCAAAAUAGAAUUGUGUGUGGCUUUGUAGACAUGCUGUGAAUGUACCUUCAACGCUCGCUCGUUCAAACGCACACUCGUCUCUACGACAAAGCCCCUCUCCGUAGCGUCAUCACGUACCCCACAAAGGGGGGUACGUGAUGGUCCUCGUGCUGUUGUUCCGUUUAUAAAUUUCCAGUGGUCACGAACUGCGUGACAAGUUUGUGUUGAUGAACAUGUUAUCGCACAGCAUAGAAGUACAAUGCAACUUUGGAUUUUGCUGCAAUGUCCUGUGUUGGCAAAAUGGUCCCGAAACAACCAAAUUGGUUUCGAUUUAAAGCUUUCGUGACUGCAGGGAUUCAUCUUCUUGGUUCUUUUGGUAAAGUCACGUAGAAGGGAAGUAAUAAAAUAAUAAAAAUAAAACAUAAUAAAAUAAUUCUCACGACGUUUCGGCUACAACGCAAGCAGCCGUCUUCAGGUGAAGAAUGAGACACUGCCAAGCUCGUGAGAAUUGUUUUAUUAUGUUUUAUUUUUAUUAUUUUAUUACUUCCCUUCUACGUGACUUUACCGAAAGAACCAAGAAGAUGAACCAAAUUGGUGCUUGACAGUCACCCAUGACCACACUAUCCUGGCUAGGCAAAUGUAUAAGAAACUACAGUAUACUCAACAGACAAGUCAUCCUCUUUGGGUCUUUCGGUAAAGUCACGGAGAUAGAAAAAUUAUGAAAUAAAAAUCAUUGUGAUUUUUAUUUCAUUA